ACUAACAGCCUUUCUCUUCGACAUGUUCCCCGGGAAAAAUCUCCGCCGCCUGCAGAACUGCCAGCCGAGGAAGGGAAAACGUUACUCGAGCUCGUGAUCGAACAGUUCGAAGACUUGCUAGUUAGGAUUUUGUUGUUGGCGGCUUGUAUAUCCUUCGUUUUGGCCUGGUUUGAAGAAGGUGAAGAAACAAUCACAGCAUUUGUAGAGCCUUUUGUAAUCUUACUUAUAUUAGUAGCCAAUGCAAUUGUCGGCGUGUGGCAGGAAAGAAAUGCAGAAAAUGCUAUUGAAGCUCUUAAAGAAUAUGAACCUGAAAUGGGCAAAGUGUAUCGACAGGACAGAAAAAGUGUACAGAGGAUUAAAGCAAGAGACAUUGUCCCUGGUGACAUUGUGGAAGUCGCUGUUGGUGACAAAGUCCCUGCUGAUAUAAGGAUUACUUCUAUCAAAUCUACGACUCUAAGAGUAGACCAGUCAAUUCUCACAGGUGAAUCUGUGUCCGUUAUUAAGCACACGGACCCUGUUCCUGAUCCUCGUGCCGUGAACCAGGACAAGAAGAACAUGCUUUUUUCUGGUACCAACAUAGCUGCUGGGAAAGCUAUGGGAGUGGUUGUCGCCACAGGAGUAAAUACUGAAAUUGGCAAAAUCCGUGAUGAGAUGGUGGCUACGGAGCAAGAGAGAACGCCACUGCAACAGAAACUAGAUGAGUUCGGAGAGCAGCUCUCCAAGGUCAUCUCGCUCAUCUGUAUCGCUGUUUGGAUAAUCAACAUCGGGCACUUCAAUGAUCCAGUCCACGGUGGUUCCUGGAUUCGAGGAGCCAUCUACUAUUUCAAAAUUGCUGUGGCUCUGGCUGUUGCUGCUAUUCCCGAAGGCCUGCCUGCCGUCAUUACCACCUGUUUGGCUCUGGGAACUCGCAGGAUGGCCAAGAAGAACGCUAUUGUUAGAAGUCUGCCGUCGGUGGAAACCCUGGGGUGCACCUCUGUUAUCUGCUCUGACAAGACGGGUACUCUGACAACCAACCAGAUGUCAGUUUGCAGGAUGUUUGUCCUGGAUAGAGUAGAAGGAGACAGCUGUACACUGAAUGAAUUCACUAUUACUGGUUCAACGUAUGCUCCCAUGGGAGAAGUGCACAGAGACGACAAACUUGUGAAAUGUAGUCAGUUUGAUGGCCUUGUAGAACUAGCGACCAUCUGUGCACUUUGUAAUGAUUCUUCUUUGGAUUACAAUGAAGCUAAAGGGGUAUAUGAAAAGGUUGGAGAAGCUACGGAGACUGCACUGUCCUGCCUGGUGGAGAAGAUGAAUGUAUUUGAUACGGAUUUGAAAGGACUUUCCAGAAUUGAACGUGCAAAUGCUUGCAACUCGGUCAUAAAGCAGCUUAUGAAGAAAGACUUCACUUUGGAGUUCUCGAGAGACAGAAAGUCCAUGUCUGUGUACUGUACCCCAAACAAACCAAGCCGGACAUCGAUGAACAAGAUGUUUGUUAAGGGUGCUCCUGAAGGUGUAAUCGAUAGGUGUACACACAUCCGUGUUGGAAGCACAAAGCUGCCCCUAACGUCGGGAAUUAAGCAGAAGAUAAUGUCUGUCAUUCGAGAGUGGGGUACGGGCAGAGACACCCUGCGUUGCUUGGCUCUGGCAACGCAUGACAAUCCACCAAGGAAGGAAGAAAUGAAUCUUGAGGAGUCUGCAAACUUUAUUAGUUAUGAGACCAACCUGACCUUUGUUGGCUGUGUGGGGAUGCUGGAUCCCCCCAGAAUUGAAGUCGCUUCAUCUAUAAAGUUGUGUAAGCAAGCUGGUAUUCGAGUUAUUAUGAUUACUGGGGACAACAAGGGCACAGCAGUAGCCAUCUGUCGUCGCAUUGGUAUAUUUGCGGAGGAUGAAGAUGUUUCUUCAAAAGCCUUUACUGGACGUGAGUUUGAUGAACUUUCCCCAGCUGCCCAGCGAGAUGCUUGCCUACAUGCUCGUUGCUUUGCCCGCGUAGAGCCUUCCCAUAAGUCUAAGAUUGUUGAGUUCCUUCAGUCUUUCGAUGAGAUUACGGCUAUGACUGGGGAUGGCGUCAAUGAUGCUCCUGCCCUGAAGAAGGCAGAAAUUGGGAUUGCUAUGGGGUCAGGUACUGCAGUGGCUAAAACGGCUUCUGAGAUGGUGUUAGCUGAUGACAACUUCUCAACCAUAGUAGCUGCAGUGGAGGAAGGGCGGGCAAUCUACAACAACAUGAAACAGUUCAUCCGUUACCUGAUCUCCUCCAAUGUUGGCGAAGUUGUUUGUAUCUUCUUGACUGCUGCUCUGGGUUUUCCCGAAGCUUUAAUUCCUGUCCAACUGUUGUGGGUAAACCUUGUAACAGAUGGUCUCCCUGCCACAGCUCUGGGCUUUAACCCUCCUGAUCUAGACAUUAUGAAUAAGCCACCCCGCAACCCUAAAGAGCCGCUGAUCAGUGGGUGGCUCUUCUUCCGUUACCUGGCUAUUGGAUGUUACGUUGGAGCUGCUACAGUGGGUGCUGCUGCCUGGUGGUUCAUCGCUGCUGAUGGUGGCCCAAGAGUUACCUUCUACCAGCUGAGCCACUUCCUACAGUGUAAAGAGGACAACCCAGACUUCUCGGGUGUAGACUGCGUGGUCUUUGAGUCUCCAUACCCCAUGACAAUGGCUCUUUCUGUUCUGGUCACCAUAGAGAUGUGCAAUGCUCUCAACAGUCUAUCAGAAAACCAGUCCUUAAUGAGGAUGCCUCCAUGGGAGAAUGUCUGGCUGAUGGGUGCCAUUUGCUUGUCCAUGUCACUUCACUUCCUUAUCCUUUAUGUGGAACCACUGCCAAUUAUCUUCCAGAUCACGCCUCUGAAUGUGACACAGUGGCUGAUGGUGUUGAAAUUCUCACUCCCCGUCAUUCUGCUGGAUGAGACACUUAAGUUUGCGGCGCGUAACUACCUGGAAUCUGGUAAAGAUAUUGUGCAGCCUGCCACCAAGCCGUGCUCUUUAUCAGCAUGCACCGAAGGGAUUUCCUGGCCGUUUGUGCUCAUUACCAUGCCCUUGGUUAUCUGGCUUUACAGUACAGACACUAACUUUAGUGACAUGUUCUGGUCUUGACUGACAUAGUGACCGUUUUACAUAAAGAUGUUUAACUUAAUCAAUUUUUUUAUUGUUUAGAGCAACUGUCUAUUUCUGCUGAAUAUUCACAUGAACAUACUUGCCGGUGAUGGAGGUUUCAUACUCUAGAUUUUGUUUUUUGCUUUUUCUGACUCCAGUGGGGGCAAUAUAUUCCUCUUUUAUACACAAUUAAAGUGUCCAUUGACAUGUACAGAGAACUAACACUAUUUUAUGCAAAUAUUUUUUUGUAGAUGAAAAGCAUGUACAGUGUUCUGUUGAAUAGUCGAUUCAUCCUUGUAAAAAAAAAAAAAUUCUUUUGAGCCAGCGGACACUAUCAAAUGAAAUUGGCAGCAGAUUUUAGGGAAUGAAUGUGUGUUGUCUAAAACUAAAAAAGCAUGUAACUGUCUGUCUUCUGCAUGGUCAUCUGAACCUAAUUUGUCAUAUGGUCAGUCUCUCUUUUUUUUAAUUCAUAAGACGGUUUUUCUGCACUGGGCAGAGAGUACUGCUACCUCAGUAUUUUUGGUUUGCCCCCCUCCUGCACCCACCUUUUAGAUUCCCGACAGUCUUGUUUACACCAGUCUCUGUAAGAGGUAAGCCUAUUUUUGCUUGUGCAGAAAACAUCAUUCCAGGUGCAGCCUGCUGGGUUCUUUCAUCCUCUCAACACACGUAGCUUUUUUUAAGGUUAUUUAUUUAAAUGUCUAAUGUAUUUUUAUUCUAACCCACCUUGUUUAACCAGUGUUGCCCACUUGUGGAGGGAAAGCGGGGGGAGGACAGGAAAGAACUACUUCAGUCUAGCUUAAAGACAAAAACUUUGAAAUGGAUGAAGAGAGAGAACUCUGUCUCAUUUUAACUGUAGAAGAUGGUUUGAGCUCCAUUUUAAUACCUUACUUAUGUGUGUCAGACUUCGGUUCGGUCUUUUAAAAUCAAAGCUUUUUGUAAUGGGGCCUGGAAAAAUAACUUGCACUGCAUAGUUUGAAAUUGGAUUUCUUACACUUUUAUGAGGGCACUAAAAAUCAGCUAAAUAUUUUGAGAGUUCCUCUGCUGGCCUGCUAUAGCCUGACUUAAACAAGUAACAAGCUCGUGUGUGGUUUUUGUAAAAUCUGUAAAUAGCACAUGACCAAAUUGAACAUAUUGUAUAGAACUAUUUUUAUUUUCAUGUGGCACUAACCACAUUCAUUAUUGCGAUAAGUGUUAGAGCAUGUUUUUCAAAAUCAGUCCUGUAUCAACAAUGUGUAAGUCAUUAACAGUCCUAACUGUGGUGUUUUUCUCCAAUGCCUUCCAACAUCCUUCGACUAAAGUGAGUAUUUCUCUUCCAUUUCACCAUCCCAGUGAUAACUUGCUGUAAAAUGGCAUAUGCUGUACACCUACAUGUCAAGAAUAAAUAGUAAUUUCCUUCAUUCCAUGCUGCGUUUUGUCAAACUCUGCUGUGCUACAUUAUUAUCACCACGUUACUCAUUCUAGUGUGAGGCUCCGGUUGAAGCAAACACUUUACGUUCAGAACCGUAACGGUGCUUUGUACCACAGAUCUGGGGGGACUGGCAGUCUCGGUGCUGCAGGAUGCUGCAGUUGUUCAGUCUGUGGUAAAAUUGGGAAAAUCUAUCAGAUCUUUGUUUUUUGAGGACCUCCCUGUUUACACUGGUUCGCUGCUUGGGACUGGAUGGGAAUUUGUGUGAAACGUGCUUGUACUGCUGAGCAGGGGUCACUCGGUUCUGAAGCAUUCACCCAGUAGGAAAUGUGGAAUGCCUCUUGUGGACAGGGUGUCGCCUCCUUUACCCUUCCCAGGUGUUAGUGUUUGCAGUGCAGGUGCUCCUCUGCUCGAGCAACUGUUUGUUCCCAGUCAGUGGAAAUGCCCUCUCCACAUGGUGGUAGUGUGAAAAGAUGAAGAAACCCCCAAUCCUCUUAAACCCCGCCAGGCUAGCGCUGGGGUCGUGGUGUCUUUGGAAGCUGGCUGGCAGUGCUUUGAUAGUCUGCACUGCCUUUGAGACUGCUCUUAAAAGCAGCUGGGUCAUGCUACUUUUUUUAACUUCUGUUGAAGGGGACAGGUACAGGAAACAAUAAGCUGGAUCCUGGCCGGCACAGAGGAUAAACUCAAGGGUUUCAGGCUUGCCUAGCUUCAGCUGCAGAAGAUCUGUUCCCCCAGCUGUUAGAGCUGUUCUUUAGGGAGCUGUUUUGUUUGUCUGCUGCCCCUCAGCACUGUGCAUUUUAGCAGAGGGGUGCUUUUAGUAAGCAUGAAGUGGCUUGUUUAAGGCGUUGAGUCGGGUCCUUGUCACCAAGCAUUUGAGUUCUGUGUUGACUAGUGUAUUUGGUGGCUGGAGAAGGACCUCUGUACUGAGAAGAAUGUCCAUCCCAAGAAUAAGCGACUUGCUCUCGUUCCUCAGAAUACGAGAGCAGUGUCUGCAGCAGGGCAUGCUCUCUGCACUGGGCACUGACAGCAUCAUGUCAUGCAAGCCUCUCUUGUACUCUGUGGACUACGACUAGAUUUGAUCAAAUCAAUUUGCUGCAAUGCAGUCACAUGGCAUUGGGUUCUGGGAACACUGGACAAAGGGCUCUGUGUUCACAGGCAGCUGAGGGCACUGCCACCUCGAAAUGGAGCCCCCCAGUCCUGGAGUAUGGGGUGCAGGCAGACUCUGGGGUUGCAAUGGAAGCCAAAGGCUUUUGGUUACAAGGGUAACUUCCGGGAAAGCUGCUACAUAAGCUCUUGCUGGUUGCAGUUUCUUUUCCACCUACACUGGAGAGCACGUGCCCCUUGUUUUUACAAGCUUGUACUGACAGUCUAGCAACUUGUCAGCAGCCACUUAAACGUCAGCUGGGCUUAGUUUCAUGUCCCAACUCUGCAUCCUAGACCUAGGUGUUCACAGCAAAUGCUUAGUAAUUUGAGCACUAGGCAGUUUGGGCUCCACAAAUGCCUGGAAAGGAUUUGUGUGGUCACAGUGUGUGUGGGGAGGUUUCUUUAAAGUUUCUGUCUCAAGCUAAGUUGUGCACCAUAUUAGAAGUGCACUCCAGUGCCCUGGCUGUAAUUGCAGAAGCAGCAUGCAACCCUGCUGCUGCAUGGAGAGGUAGACCUGGGCUGUUGGAGAGGAGCCUAGGAGAUCCAGAGUGCCUGGGGCCAUCUGGGCAAUUGCAUUGCUUUAAAGGCAUUAUCUAAAUCUGGAGCACUGCCUGCCUGAAUUGCACGUGCUCAGCAACUGGGGGUACAGCAGCUGCCUUUGGAAUAGAUGGGAGUGUCUGCAAGUGCCUCAAGGAAUGAGUCUGUACAAAGUACAGCAAACCUUUACCCCUUCCUAUGCUAAAAGAUGUUGCCACAGGAAUGGAAUUGAUCCUCUCCAGGGUGUAUUUCACUUUUCUCUCAAUUGAGGCAGUUUGAGCAGGUGCCUAGAAAGCUGCUGUCUGUUGUACAUGUGCUGCACAGUGGCUGGGUCUUGGGGUUGAAGACAUGGACUCUUGAGCAGCCUUUCACUGGACUAAGGCGGGACAGCUCUCAGACACUUAACAGAGUAGGGCAAUGUCACCGAAACGGCUCCCUCCACUUGGCAUCAGGGAACUGAGAGAGCUUGGGUAACCAAACUGUUCCUCUCCAACUGGCAUAAGUUGUGAAUUUUUUUGUCCCUAGCUGACAGACAGUUGACAGGUCCUCUAGGCACAAUGCAGCAGUUAGUCUCAAGUUAAAAGCAAAAUUUAUUGCCAAAGCUUGUAUUAGUAGAAGAAACCCCUCUUCCAUUCCUAGCCUCAUGUCUGACUGCCCCAAAGGACAGCAGCACCAGGCUCAUCUCCAUAUACAGAUUUUUUUGGGGGGGGAGGGAGUGUCUCCCUGUAGAAGAUGUUUGCAUUCUGUAUUAUUGGAGCUUAGUAGCUGUGAUCCAGGCAGCAGAGAGGAAAUAUGUCAUGCCUCUGAAGAGUUCACUUGCAAGGGAUCCAGUUAGCCUAAUGACCAUGUGGACAUCUCAUGUGACCCUGUGGACACAGCAUGUCUGCUAUGAGGCUUGCGCAUCCCCCUGCCCUAUUCAACACCACUGGUUCUUCAAACAGUUCUAUGCCUUUCAGUUCUGGUUUCUUUUUCUUUCACCCUUCAGUGAGCUUUCUAUUGUCUGCUUCUCCGCUCUGGGUUUCUUAAUGCAUUCCCGUGGCAGCUUUUUCCUCGUGAUCCCUGGCAGGUGAGAAGCACAAGGGGUUUGUCAGGCCAGGCUGAGACACGGCUAGAUGAGAUGCAUCUGUCUAGAGCUUCUGCUGGAAGCCAGCCAUCAGUUGAUGCUUUCACAUUGACAGCAGCUCCUUCUAGGAGAGCAUACUCAUGCCUGGCAAAUCCUACCUUGUGCCAUUAGCUGGGGGGGCAUCUGUCCCUGUGCAGAUGUCAGACAUCUAGUUGGGGCUUCUCUACCUCCUUCAGGGGGUCCCAAGCCACUGGUUCCUCUUGACAGAGAAUCUGAGAGUCAAAGAACUGCUUGAAAUAUAUGUAAAUGGAUUCUCCUUUUUGCCUACGCAAAUGCACUAUAAAUAGUGUCUGCUGAUCUACUCUGAAUAGCCCUCCAGGAGACAGUCUGAAAGGUGCUGUAAUUCCAUUCUGUCCCAGCGUUACAAGGCUAAUGUGUGAGGGGAGGCUGUUUCAUAAACACCUAUUGGUAAGAAAACAAGCUUUUCAUCUGUGAUGAUAAAAUGCAGUACAGCAGUGCUAGCUGCUUCUGAGAACAGCUGCCAAGUGGAAUGUAGUGGCAAGCAGCUCAAACAGGAGAGAUGGUGGAAUCUGCAGAGAUGGGAGGGAAGGAGGUAAAAUGGAUCUUGCACCUGUCUCGUUUUACCUUUAUGCACUUCUAACCAUUAAUUGUUUCCCUAAUCUCUGCUAAUCACAUAUCUUAAUGACAUUAAUAUUACGCAUACUCUGAACUCUUGGACCCUAUAAAUCAUGGGCUCUGCUAUGAAGGGCAGUAUUUGGAGAGCAGUCCAACUGUAGGGAAGCAGAGCGUGUGUUACCUUCAAAGACAGGGAUAAAGUCCACGGUGUGUUUCAGGGUAAAGUACAACAGUAGCUUCAUGACGUUGUACUUCACGCCUCACAUAAGCCUCAGGUGUAUCAUGACUUCUUUCCUACCUUGCUUCCCAGAACUGGCUGCAUAACCAGGAUGAUUAAAGGGACAUGUGUUAGGUCUGCUUUGAGCCAAAAUUUGAGGGUUUAGUUUUUACCAAAUUAAAUUUGCAAACAGGCUUAAAAAAUAGCCACUGAAAUUCUUUCCAGGAAGUUUCUGUAGUAUUUCAUUUGCUUUUCAAACAAAGACCAGGCCCUGCAGUAGUGCAGCAUACCUGGGAGGAAAACUCAUCUAGCAAACGAAACCAAAUUGGUCUCUCUGCUUGGCUGGACACUGAAAUGCCAAAAGGCGGCUUUCAAAUUCUUUUGCCUUGUAAUAUCUGAGAUGAAAUCCUGGCCCCAUGGAGAUGGGUGGGAGCUCUGACACUGGCUUUCACACUGGCGUUAGAAACGAAACCUAACAGCGUGUCCUUUCAAUGAAAUCAGCAGCCUGAUAUCAAACUUAACCUUCUUUCUUCUAUCACUAUUGAUCUGGCAGAGUCUUGCUUUUAUAAUGACAGACCAUUCAUGCUCUCAUUAACUCUUCUCUUUUCUUUCCUUUUCAGCAAUGCUGGAGUAAUCGCUUCCUAAACAAUUUUGCAGACAUGUAAGGUUGUUUUGUUGCGUGCAUGUGUUUUUAGCAACACAUCUACCAAAACUGCUGCAUGUGUCAUGUAAAAAAAGAAACCCCCCCCUUUGCUUCCCCUCAACCAAAACUCAUUGUAUACUUUGUGGAAGAAGUGUGUGGUACCAUUAGGGCUUCAGAUGUACAAAUGUGCAAUAUAGCUCAGCGAAUCAAACUCUCCAGAGAAGUUUGGGUUCUUUGCUGCAUGGAAGAGAACUUUUUUUUGUUCUUAAACCAAAAGUUGAGGAGCUGUCAGCCAAGUUUCCAUAUUUCUCUGUGUAAGAUGUCAUAGUUGAUACAAUGUACAAUAUCAAACUAAUGCAUGCCUUCAGUUGUAAGUAGCCAAAUCUUUCUGUAUUGUAUCAUCUAAGCGUACUACUUUAUAAACAGCUCUGUACAAUAUGCUAUACUAUUUAUAAAUUCAUUGAAAAAAGACUACAGAUGUUGAAUGUGUAAACUGUAAACCCCCGGGUCAUAACUUCCAAUUUUUUUUAUUUUUUUUUGUGUGUGCAAACCAACUUAUUUUGCACUGUAAUGUAACUUAUUUAAUUCAAUCUAAAGCAGUAGACAGAUGUUGGUGCAAUACAAACAACUAUUGUGAUGCAUUGAUCUAAAGCAGCAAACAACUCGGCCAGUUAUCACAACUGCAUGGGUGACCGACCUCCAGAAGCUGUAAAUAAGAUCAAGUGUCUAUUGAAAUGCUGACAGUAAUAAGCAUCACACCUAAUUCAUUGUUUUGGGUAAAUAAAUUGAUUCUACAAUACACACCUGGCGUGUUAUUUGAUGCACUUUGUUUUCUACAGGUACUUGCGUACAUACUUUGGCAUUCUCUUAUAUUAAUGCCAGGAUGACACUUACUAGCAUCAGCAGCAUUGCAAUCUUUCCUACUAGAACUAUGCAGAUGCCAGCUGCUCUUCCUGCAGUAUUGACCUCCUCGCUGGUGUGAUUUCCUCUGUCCAGGGGCUUGUGUGUGUUUUAAGGGACACUGUCAAGUACUUCGAUCACUUAAUUUUUUUUUAAACGCUCCAUUGUUUGUAAAAACCCUCCAGAAACCUUUAAUAAACACGUUCUUUCCCAACGACA